AAGAAGCGGAUUGUUUUCACCAGAGAUAUGAUUACCAAGGUGUUUGGUAUACGCUCAGGGCAAACCCCAGUUGUUGAACUCAAAAAGUUUGAACAAAGUGCCCUUCGAGAUGUUUACAGGGGUUCUAAUCCUAGACCUGAUAUUCCUACCACCAUCAAGGUCCUGAAAGGUUGUGAUGAUACUGAUGAGGAUACUAUAGUUAGGUCCUGGGACCUCCUAUGUAUGGCUACUGUUGUUGAUCCGAAGAGCAGCAAUCAUGUUGGUAUGGACUACUUAGGUAGCAUGCUUCAUCCAUCUAGAACCCAUGAAUAUGCCUGGGAUGAGUACAUCCUGGAGCAGUUGAUGCAAGAGGUUAAGAAGAUGCAGAAGAAAAGGUUGAAGACUCCUUCUCUUAAGAAAGGGAAUUCCAAGUUUGAGUUUUGGAUCUCUGGCCCAUUUGCUGCUCUUGGUAUAAUCUAUUUGGACCAUCUUCAGUUUCCUCCCAGCAAUCAUGUCAUAGACUAUUCACUGCCAAGAGUUUGUCAUGUCAAAUGCAGUGAUUUUGUUUUUGCAGUUCAAUGUGACCUUUCCAAGUUGUUUCUUCACAACACCAAGGUUUUUGGUAGGAGACCGUUCCUCGAUAUAAGUGAAACACCAUAUGCAAAUGUACUACCUGGACGUGCCGAGGGAGCUCCUGUUGAACCUGAAGUGAACCCUUCAGCCUCAUUAAAUGAUUGGCUUGUUUUCCCUAGCAGCCAGGAACUUGAGGUUCCAGACCGUUAUAAGCAUUUGCAUGAGAAACACAAGAGCUUGUUUGCUGCUGAAUUUGAUAUAGCAAACAAGAAUUAUGUUGCUGGUGUCAAGCGUAUGCAGUCUCAAAGGAUGGCUGCUCUCCUUUGUGAUGUUGAUGCUGCAUCGCAGACACAAGAAGGUCCAAGUGUUACAUUCCAAAGUAUGCAUGGAGAUGUAAACACUGAUCUAGGAGAGGAUGUUUCUGCAGAUGAUGAUGAGCAGUCUGACAAGGAGGACUCUAGUGAUGAGGAUGUUGAUGAGGAGGAGUCUAAGGGUGCUGAUAUUGCUGUGGAUGAUCCAGAAGAGGAUGGUUCUGCAGAUGAUGAUGAUGAUGAUAUUCCUACGGCUUACUCAGAAGAUUGUGAUUUUGAGCUUGCACCAAGACAUAAUGAUGUUCCAUCACACCGCGCUGCACCGGAUGUUCCACAGCCAGCUAUUAUUAGAGACUCCUCUUUCCCAUCUGAGGAUGCUCGUGAACAUCAAUCUGUUGAUAGCCCUGUGAGAUCUCCGGUCCUAGAUGAUGCUGCUAAGCGUUGUAGGGAAAUUGCACUUGCCAAGGCCCCUGAUGCACCCCCUUUUGACCUUUUUGAGCCUGGCACCCCUGAAUGGGAGGACUUUAAUAACAUCACUAUUUUAGUACCUGAUGCGGGUGGUGGCUCUGCUGUAGGGAUUCCUGCUGCAUGCAAUGCUGCCAAGUUGCCUGCUCAAAAUAUGUCUGCUCCAGAGAUUCCUAGUGCUGAGAGCCCUCCUACUCAGAGUUGUGUUGCGAAGAUGCCUCUUCCAGAGAGCUCUGCUCAUGAGAGUCCUGCUGUGAUUGUUGUUCCUACACCCGCUGAUAUCCCCACCGCUGUCCAUGCUGCUGUACCUGCUGAUAUCCCCGAUGACAUCCCCACCGCUGUCCAUGCUGAUGCUGAUACUCCUGCUGAUAUCCCCGCUGCUGUCAUUGCUGAUGAUGCUAUCCCUGCUGAUAUCCCCGCUGUUAUUCCCGAUGCUGUCAUUGCAGAUGCUAUCGCUGCCGAUAUCCCCGCUGCUAUCCCCGCUGCUAUCCCUGCUGAUAUCCCCGCUGCUAUUCCUGAUGUUAUUCUCGCUGCCGAUAUACCUGCUGCUGCAGUAGAUGUCAUUGCUGAGCCUGUCACUCCUGUUCAUCCAAAGUCCACAGGUGCCACAGUUGUUGAGACAUCUUCAGCCAAGAACAUUUCAACUUCUUCUGGUCCUGAAACACAUGACAAGAAGAAUAGGCAUAAAAGGGCAGCAAAAGGGCCAGCUGACAGCACUCCUCCAAAGAUGAAGAAGAUUAAGGUCUCUCAAGAUACACGUGACAUCUAUGAUAAGUUUAUUUGUCAUGGUCGUAAGCUUAAGAGGCAGCCAAAGGACCGUGCUUGUCCUGAGUUUGUGAGGAUUGGACGCUACUAUUGCUCAUACAAGAGUUUCCUGGAUUCUCUUAAGCCAUGCCAUUACCUAAGCAGUGAGGUUAUGAAUGUGUGGAUUGAGAAGUUCAACCGUGAAGCAAAAAUUAUUGGUGACAAUAAUCCAAGGGCCAAGAAGAAGUUUGCCUUUACCCAGCUUAUGGUGGAUAAGUUGAUUGUCGAUCCAGCAGCAUUUGAGAUAGAAGGUUGUUUGAAAGAGUUCAAGACUCUCAACUCAAAGUUCAAGCUAUUAAAAGAUGAUCUUUUGUACUUCCCAAUUGUGAAGAACAAUCAUCUGGCCGUGCCCUGCAUAAACUUGUGUUUAAAGAAGUUCCACAUUUUUGAUUCAAUGAGAAGUGCAAAGGAUGGUAGCUUGCUGGAACAAUUUGCUACCAAUCUGUUCAUAAACUUCAACAAGCUUCUCAUUGAGUGCAAUUUAACAAGAUUCAAUCUGGAUGAUUUCACCCUAGCUGACAUUGAGCACCCACAGCAAACAACAUUGUUUGAUUGUGGGUUCUUUGUACAACUUUUCAUGGAGAACUUUGACUCAAAAGUGAUGGCUCAGUUUGAUAACAAUGCUAUCCCAGAUCAUAGGAGACUUGUAGCAGCUUCUCUCAUUGAGAACAGGGGACAAUGGGCAGGAUGCCGUCGAAAAGUUGAUGGAAGAUGA